UUAAUCCCAGACUAGGAGCGGACAUCAGAGUGCCCUUAUGAUAUUUUGCACAAAAGACUCAGUGUUCACAGCUUUACUCAGAGAACCCAAAAUAGCAUUCAGUAAGCAGUGACAUACUGAGUGUCGUGGCACUGAGAGCGCAAGCGUCUGUGACUCAUGCGUGUGGCUCCUGGAGGCCUGAUGAGAAGCCGGUGAAGCAAAACAAGAACCCUGUCUCCUACUCUCCCUCAUGUGUUUAAUGCAAAUUUUGAACUUCAGUUUCCACAGAAGUAGAGCUUGAAGACACACAGCAUAUGAAAGAUACUUAAGCGUUAAAAGGAUUAAUAAAGGAGCAUAAGAUUUAUUUUGCAACGUACUGUUCCCUCUGAAGAGCACCAGCUGGAAUCAAGAGCAGAAUGAAUUGUUGUUCAUUGCUACCUUUUAUGCUGGGAAUCCUUCUCCUAUGGCCUUGCCUCGCUGCAAAAGAAAACUCUGACACAGAGGAAAUGAAGCACCCAGCGGGGGCUCAUCCGAGAGUGAAGCGGGGCUGGAUGUGGAACCACUUUUUUGUACCCGAGGAAAUGAACAAGCCUCAUCAUCACAUUGGCCAGCUGAAAUCUGACAUAGACAAUGGAAACAACUCUUUCCAGUACAAGCUUUUGGGAGCUGGAGCUGGAAGCAUCUUUGCCAUUGAUGAAAAGACAGGUGACAUAUAUGCUGUCCAGAAGCUUGAUAGAGAGGAACAGUCCCUCUACACUCUAAGAGCCCAGGUAAUAGACACCACUACUGGAAAGGCUGUGGAACCAGAGUCUGAGUUUGUCAUCAGAGUUUUGGAUAUCAAUGACAAUGAACCACAAUUCCUAGAUGAACCUUAUGAGGCCAUUGUACCAGAGAUGUCUCCAGAAGGAACAUUCGUCAUCCAGGUGACAGCAAGUGAUGCUGAUGAUCCAUCAAGUGGCAACAAUGCCCGUCUCCUGUACAGCUUACUGCAAGGCCAACCGUACUUCUCCAUUGAGCCAACAACAGGAGUCAUAAGAAUAUCUUCUCAGACGGAUAGAGAACUGCAAGAUGAGUAUUGGGUAAUUAUUCAAGCCAAAGACAUGAUUGGUCUCCCUGGAGCACUGUCUGGAACAACGAGUGUACUGAUUAAGCUUUCUGAUGUCAAUGACAAUAAGCCUGCAUUUAAAGAAGGUUUACACCGCAUGACUGUCUCUGAAUCUGCACCUACUGGCACUUUUAUAGGAAAAAUCAAGGCAUAUGAUAAAGACAUUGGAGAGAAUGCAGAAAUGGAUUAUAGCAUUGAAGAUGAUUCACUAACAUUUGACAUCAUUACUAAUAAUGAGACCCAAGAAGGCAUAGUUAUAUUAAAAAAGAGAGUGGAUUUUGAGCGCCAGAACCAGUAUCUUAUCCCAGCAAGAGUUAAAAACCGCCAUGUCGAUGAGCAGCUCAUGAAAUACCACGCUGAAACCUCCACCACCUUGAUUAAGGUCCAGGUGGAAGACGCUGACGAACCUCCGGUCUUCCUCCGCCCCUAUUACAUGUUCGAAAUCUUUGAAGGACGCCCCCACGGGUCUUUGGUGGGCAUGGUCUCUGCCACAGAUCCAGAUCAGAGGAACUCUCCUAUCUGGUAUUCUAUUACCAGAAGCAGAGUGUUCCGUAUCGAUGACAAUGGCACCAUCAUCACAACUAACCCUCUUGAUCGAGAGACUAGUGCUUGGCACAACCUAAGCAUUAUAGCCACAGAAGAAUACAACGUACAACAGAUUUCUGCAGUUCCUGUGUACGUGCAAGUUCUUAAUAUCAAUGACCAUGCACCUGAGUUCUCUGAAUAUUAUGAGAUUUAUGUGUGUGAAAAUGCGGGCUCUGGUCAGAUAAUUCAGACCAUAAGUGCAGUGGAUAGAGAUGAAUCCAUAGAAGAUCACCAUUUUUACUUUAAUUUAUCUGUGGAAGACUCAAAGAACUCGAGUUUUACAAUCAUAGAUAAUCAAGAUAACACAGCUGUAAUUUUGACUAAUAGAACUGGUUUUAGCCUUCAAGAAGAGCCUGUGUUCUACAUAUCUGUCUUAAUUGCUGACAAUGGAAUCCCAUCACUUACAAGUACAAACACCCUAAGCAUCCAGGUCUGUGACUGUGAUGACGAUGGCAGUACACAGACCUGCGGGAAUAAGGAUUUUAUGCUUUCCACGGGAUUCAGGACAAAGGUCAUAAUUGCCAUGCUGAUAUGCAUUGUGAUAAUAUUUGGGUUUAUUUUUCUGAUCUUAGGUCUGAAAUACCGAAGAAAACAGUCCCUGUUUCCUGAGAAAGGUGAGGAUUUCAGAGAGAAUAUAUUCAGAUAUGACGAUGAAGGGGGCGGAGAGGAAGACACGGAGGCCUUCGACAUCGCAGAGCUGAGGAGCAGCGCCGUCAUGCGGGCGAGGAAGUCCCGGAGAAGCGCCACGGCGGAGAUCCGGAGCCUGUACAGGCAGUCUCUGCAGGUUGGCCCAGACAGCGCCAUAUUCCGGAAAUUCAUUCUGGAAAAGCUGGAGGAAGCUGACACCGAUCCUUGUGCCCCUCCUUUUGAUUCCCUCCAGACCUAUGCUUAUGAGGGAACAGGGUCGUUAGCUGGAUCCUUGAGCUCCUUAGGAUCGGCAGCCUCCGAUCAGGAUGAAAAUUAUGAUUACCUGAAUGAACUGGGACCUCGCUUUAAAAGAUUAGCAUGCAUGUUUGGUUCUGCUAUGCGGCCAAAUAAUUAGGGCUUGUAAAUUAAAAUUGUAAAAAUGCUAAUGUGGUGUGGGGCGGACUGGUAGUCUCUUGGUAAAGCAUUGCAUGCCCCAGUUCUUGGGGGAAAGAAAAAAAAAAAAACAAUGACCUGAUAUAUAUAGUGUUUUCUAAUAUCCUUGAAGUAAAUACCCUGUGGUUAUUUCAAGCCACCCACAUGUUGUCACUGAAGGCAGAUGUGGAAAGAGACGCUGACAAUCAGCUUGUGGAGGCCAGUGCAAGCCAACUCGAGCGUUCCUCUGACAUAAUUCUUCUAGCAUUUUCUUCAGCACCAUCCAAUGCAGAGUCUCAAAGUUUGUGAAUGUUUAAUGUGAGAAAGGCACUGAACCUAGAGUAUUUUAAUAUUAUUUCAUUUGUACCUUUAUUAAAUCUUACCAAGUAAGAGUGCAGUGUUUAUGUGUUAAAUUCCUGAUACUAUAGAGAUAAACACCCAGGAGAAUCUGGGUAAUUACAUAAAACUUGAAAAAACUAUUUAGUUUACAUGAGUAAGCAAGUUUCUUGCUAGGACUCUAUAAUUCAUUCGAGUUUGAUGUUUUGAAAUCUUCGUCAAGACCACACUUUAAAACCAAUUUCAAAUUUAGACAGAUAAUUGGUAUAUGGUAAUUAAUCUAAUAUAUAGUAUAUUGUAUUAUUUUUUGAUAUUACAGCUUUGCAUAAAAUAUGUUUAGUUUUUCAUAAAU